AUGCCAACUCUUCAAUAUUUUUCUAACGCAUAUAUGAACAAUGUCAAGUAUCGCUUUGGACAACAUUUGCGGAGCCUGGUUAAUCUCCUUCUUGACAUCAAAAACCGGCGAAAUAACCGGAAAGUACAAUUGCAAAACGAGGGCUUAUCUCAACGUGAAAUAUCAGCAAGACUCACAACAGAAAUCUACGAGCCUGCUAAGAAGUUCAAGCUUGAUAUCGCUAGAAAAAAUUCGCACAUUGAUUCUCCACUUCUACCACACUAUGAUUUUUUUCAGCCAUUUUUCAAUCCUGCAUUUUAUCGGUUAUCGUGCUUAUUUUCUCAACGAGGUUGGCGCUCCUUCACCUGCUUCCCGAUUUGUACUGCCUGGUCGCCGCGGUACAUGCUGAUUGACACGCAGAUCCUAUAUACGUAA